UGAGAGCAAGAGCGACGGCGGAUCACGUGUGGGAGGGAGCAAUUAUUCAUCUUGUGCGUCUACUAGUUUGCAAGGCUUGGAUCAACACAGGCAAAAUACUAGGUUGCAACAAAGAUUUAUACGUGACAUCCAUGAAGAGGGUGAGUGCAGCCACCAAAGAGGAGCGGUUUUUGAUGUCAUGCCCACCUCACGAGAGGAAACCGCAACUGAUUUAUAACGGUCAUACUUCGCAGCAACAUGAUUGGCGAGUCGGGGGCGGGGCAAAGCGUCAAAGGCGAGGGGGAAUGAUGUUGCCGCUCGCCGAGCUGCCACCCUCGCGCCGCGCGAUUUCUGCGACCUGGUGGCUUUAAAAGUAGGGAGCGGCGCAGCUUCAGGUACAUGUGCGUGAUCAGUUACUAAGUGGAGUGGCAGGAACUCCAAGCAACCAACUACCCAAUGAGCAUGCGCUGCCUUCCUUACUGUCUUGCUGUCCUUGUUUGGUAAAAGAUAAUGAUAAGUACUUAAUCGGCGCAGUCCGGAAACGCAAUGAAAGACCCGAUAUCUGGGCAACACGGAUGAACAAAAACUACCAAAAAUCACACCACAGGAGCGCCGCGUCCCGUCUCUGCUGCCAAGGAUGCAAGCCCUGGCGAGGUCCCGGGGCCGAUCUGCGAGAUCUGGCCUGGCGGCGUGCCGCGAGUGCUUGAUUUUGUUUUUUCCAAAUACGCAAAAUUAUGGCGGGCGUAGCUCUACCCCUACUGGGGGCGGCUGUGGAUUUCGGCGGGCAUUUCAUGAGCGCCCGCAUCCGAGAUGGAGCCGACCAACACCUGCAAGCGCAGAGCAACACUUUGGGGGCGACGGUGCGUUCGCUGGGCGCACGAGUCGGAAAAGUGUAGUGGCGCCCCCCCCCCAGCCAUUGGCCCCCGCGCAGGCCGCAUGGAAGUUGGCGGGCACGCAGGCAGCUGCCGCCACGAAUGAGAGAGGGAAUGGCGCGUCGGGGGUUGCCGCGUCGUGGCCUCGUACGUGCCCGGCCGGCCGCCUUUCGUUCUACAAGGCCACCUACCGCGCCCCCCGUUGCAUGAGUGCGCUCGUUGGGCCGCGAUCGAGUAAGCGUGGCGCCCGUCCGCAGAGUGAGUGGAGAUUUUUCGGGCGUGCGCGUCAUUAUUUGUAACGCGGGGGAGCGACGAACGCGACAC